AUGGAAGAUGCAGAAGAAUGUGGAAGAUCAUCAACAACUUUUGUUGAUUUUGAGGACUUCACCAUAACCGCCAAUGACAUCAUUUUGGACUACCAGAUCCCUGAAAGUAUACGGCUCAAGUACUAUGAGCUCUGUCGUGCCCAAAAAUCGUAUCUGCAUUCCGGUCUCCUUGCAACUAUUAGCGGAUCUUUGGCUGCCAAAUUUAUAUCAGAUACAGUUAAAAUUGCAGAUGCGAUCAAAUCUAGCAACAUUUCUACUCCCCAAAGUGAUUUUGCACUCUGGGACAAAACCUUAGCAGGGUUCGAGUCACUGGGGAUUGAAGUUGGAUUCCUACGUGCUCGCGUGACCAAACUUUCCCGUCUUGCUGACAAUACUCCACAAGCAGAGAGGGAUGAGUUGAGGUUCCUGGAAGAAGCUAGCGCUCCAUGGUGA